AUGAGAAGUAAGUAUUUCUUCAAAAAACACAGGAAAAACAUAAAAGAGAAAAAAACAGCUAGUAAUCAUUUGAGCUAUAAUAUUCCUAUAAGCACGAGUGUAUACAAUACCACGAUCUUACACAAACAUGAAAAGAUAAUAAAAAGGAGGGGAGGGGAAAUAAAGGACAAGGUAUCUAAUCACUUGAACAAGAAACAGAAGAAGGAGCAAAAUGACUUACAUUCUUUUGGCCCAUUAGAGCUGAAGAAGGAAAAUACUCAUCUUGAAACAAAGUAUGCUGAAGCAGAAGGCAUUUGUUUAGAAAACUCUGCCAAGUUAUUUGUCAAAUUCAAAGGGGGUGAGAUAGUACGAAGUAGUGUAGAGGAAACAACAGUGAGAGAUAUCACUACAUUUAAAGAAAAGGAAAGGAGGAAUACCCCUGAAGAAGGAGUCAAAAUUCCGAAGGACCCGAACACAGUGAAGAUAAAUAAAAAAGAUCUACAGCAUAAAUUUCAAAAAAUUAUAUCAGCAAAACUUCGAUUUGAUGACUUAAUGAAAAAGACAAAGCUAACGAAUAAGGAGUUAUGUCAACAUAUAAGAUGUACCUUGUGCAACGGUUUAACUAGCGUGAGUAAGGGAAAAUAUGGAUAUUUCUUCACAUGUAAAGAGUGCAAUAAGAGAGUGUCCAGAGGGAAUAUAGAUAAAUUCUUAUUUAAUGAAAGAGACAAAAAAAUUUUCAAAAAUAAAAAGAGGAUAUGUUUUGAAAUAGAAAAUAAGGAUUCAUAUCGUAUACAUUUUUUUGGGAACAUAAAAUAUGGAAGUAUUUUCAAUAAAAUUAUUAGCGAAAUAAUUAAAGAAGUAAUUACAGAUUUAAGAAAAAUUAAAAGGAAUAAAAUUAAAUACAGAAAUAUUAUUAAGUAUAUUUAUAAAAUGAAUAACAAUUUUGAUCUGAACAACAGUUACUUUAAUCAAUUUAUUUUUUCUCCUUAUCGGAAAAGAGAAAAUAUAUAUCGUCUCGGUACUUCCCAUUCUUGCAAUUUUUACAACUACUCUUUUAAUACGGUUAGUUACGCCUCUCUCCUUAGGAAGUACAAUUAUAUAAAGAGAAAAAAGCCAAAUGAAUACAUGCUUUUCUUAUAUAACACAAAAUUUAAAGAUUUUAUCGAAUCUAAAAAGAAAUAUUCCAUGAAGUUGUAUAAAAAUGCAAUUAAGAGAUAUGUUGGUGCUUAUUUAAAAAACGACUUCUUUGAUGAAGUACAAUAUUUACCAUUGACCUGGAAACCCAGAAAAGACUAUAUAGAUAGUGGUAUAUUUCCCUUCCAUCUAUCUAGGGAUAAUAAAAAGAGAGAAACAUUCAAAAGAAUGAAUGUUAACAAUAAUAAUUAUCUAUCGGGAUGUGUAUUCAAUCUAUGCUCCUAUCAGUUAUUAUUACAUUAUUUCAUUUAUAAAUUAUUUCAUUACUGCUAUAUUUAUGAGAUUCCUCAUACCGUAUUCUAUUUUUUCCGACAUGCCUACAAAAAGUGUAGUAACAUGUAUAGUAUCAAUUGUAGCAACAAGUGUAAUAAUUAUUCCUGUAACAAACGUAGUAUGCAUAAUUUUUUCUUAAAAAAUAAAUACAUAGAUGUUAUUGCACAGACGUAUGGAAAAUACAGAUUCCAGUUAAACGAAAUUACGAGAAAGCAGAACGCACUACAUAGAAGGGAAAAACAUUUGAGGGUAACGGAUAUCGAGGACAAAAAUUUGCUACGAACAAAGGAGGAAGAUCAACUACAUGAAGAGGAGAAAGUAAUAACCAAUUUAUAUAAUGCGGAAGAAUUAUAUAAUAAUUCUUACAUUUUCAAUAGAGCAGAAUUGAAAAUAGAAAUACUGAAACACUAUUAUGCUAAAAAAAAAAGAAAAAUAAAAAAAAAUAUUUCAAAAGAAAUUAAAAAAAUUUGCCUAGAGCAAAUAAAAAAAAAAUUACCUAUUAGAAUACAAAAUGUUAUUGCACCUUACCAAUUAGAAACCAUUUAUUUUUUUAAGAAAAAAAAUGGAAGAAUUUUAAUUGCCGAUGAAAUGGGACUAGGAAAAACUUUACAGUCUAUUGCUAUUUUUUAUUUUUUUAAUUUAUACCCCACCUUAAUUGUUGCUCCAUCUUCUUUAAAAAUUAAUUGGCUGUCCGAAAUAGAAAAAUUUAUUAACUUCUUUGACACCUCCAAAAUUUUGGUCAUAUCGAGUUCUAACGACUUUCCGAAGCUGAUUGAGAAUUACAAAGUUGUCAUCGUCUCCUUCAACAUUUUUAAAAAGUUGUACAACCUGCUAAGGACUAUCAAGUUUAAGCUGCUCAUCGUCGAUGAGAGCCACUAUAUAAGAACAGUACACUAUGGAAAACAGAGCCAGUUCGCUAAAAUGAUGAAAAGAAAAAUAAAAAGUACGAGCAAAGUUAUAUUCUUGAGCGGAACACCAUCAAUUAACAGACCAAUAAAUAUAUUUCAUCAAAUUAAAUACUUGAUUAAUAAUAAUAAAAUAUUUUGCAAAAAUAAAUAUGUGUUUGGAGAAGAAUUCUGUAAAAAAUAUUUUUAUAGGGGAGAAAAAAUAUAUGAAGAGAAUUUAAGAUCUUGGGAAUUCAACUUGUUUUUAAAAAAAACAGUAAUUAUAAGAAGAAACAUUUCAAAUAUUUUUAAAAAUAAUUUCCCACAUUUGAAAAGAUUUUUCAUAUACUUGCCAAAUGAUAUAUGGGAAAAAUCGAUAAAAGAUUAUAGAAAUGAUAAUCAGAGUUUUAUCGUAUAUAAUAAGAUAACCGACAAAGAAUAUGAUCCAAAAAAAGAAAAAAAUGAUGAACAGUUCGAAAAUGGGGAAAUAUCUCAACACUACAAAAAUGAUAUAUUGAUGGGAAAAAGGAAUAGACAAGUACUCAACGAAAUGUUUCGUGUUGAUAUCAAAUCGAAAAAAGAAGAGGAAGGAUUGUCCAAAGUUGUAAACGCAGUGGAAUAUAUUGAAAAACUAUUUCCUGGGAAAAAAAAAAUUAUUUUUUGUUAUCACCUUGUUGUGUGCAAAUGUAUAGAAGAAGAAGUACUUAAAAUAAUUAAAAAGAAAAAGGAAAAAGAAAAAAUAAACAUAGAUUAUGUUGUAUUAAAUGGGUGUUUAACCGAAAAAGAGAAACUAGAAAAAAUUAGCUACUUUCAAAAUAACGACAACUGCUACUAUGGCAUCUUUACUAUAUGCUCCGUUAGUCAUGGAUUAGAUUUCAGUUUUUGCAAUUUAUGUUUUUUCGUAGAAUUGCCAGUGAACUUUUUUCAUCUUCAACAAUGUGAAAGUAGGUUAUUUAGAAAAAAUCAAAAAUUAAAUACAUACAUUUUUUAUUUUUUAUUGAAAAAUGGAUUAGGUAGCGAUCAUAAAACAUGGAAGAGGUUUACCCUUUGUUCUCAUAGCACUCGCUCCAUAAUUGAUGGAACAAAUUUUAGCAGUAAAGAUCUCUUUUAUGAAAAUUUUUCUAACGAUAUGCUUCCUAUAAUUAACGAGAAUAGGGGGGUUGGCACAAAUAGAGAUGAGCUAAACCUGGUUAGAAAAUAUACUAGCUGUAAUGCUCCCAAUGUUGAUGGUGACAAUGGCGAUGGUAAUGAUAAUAAUGAUUAUAAGAGGUCAAUGAGAAACAGCAAGGAGAGCAAAACAUUCCAAGCAGAAAAUGAAUGCGAAAUUGUAAAAGUCGAAAUAUCCUCAGAUGAUGAAACUGCAAAGUGUGAGGACUACAACAAAAAGAACAAAAAGAAAAGAAGGUACUUGUUCGAAAUAAACACACUUACGAACAGAAUACACACAUAUAAUAAAAACAAAAAAACAAACUUUCCUAUCGAAGAUCUGAAUAAUUUUAAAGAUAAUGAAAAAAAUGGAAAGAGUGUAAAAAAAUACGCAAAGGAAUUUCUUCAAAAUUACAACAAAUUAAAUAUGAAUGAAAAAAAAUUAAUUGAAAAGAAAAAAUGUGAUAUUAAUAUAUCUCUACUUAAAUAUUUAAGAGCAAAUCAAAAUAUAAAUAAAUGCUUAAAAUUUCAAAGAUAUAUAAAAAACACUACUUCAAAAGACAAUAUAUAUGUAAAAGCAUAUCUUGAAAACAGUUUUAAAGGGAAAUUUCAAGUCUUCUAUUAUCAAGAAUAUGAUGAAGAAACCAAUAGCUUGAAAUGUUUGUACUGUAAAAAUUAUUUGCAUUUCACAAAAAAUGGUAUACUCGAGGAGAACGAUAUUCUUCAUUAUUUAAACGAAAAUUCGAACACAGAAAUUGUCGAAAAAUUUAAAAACGAAUUAAAUAGUAUUAAAUUAAAAAAAAAUUCGAAUAUCAAAAAAAUUAUUAUAUGUAAUGAAAAUGAUUUAUUUUGUGCAGGAAAUUGCAGAAAAUUAUAUUUUUUAAAAAAAAGUUCAUGUAGCAUAAGAAGGUUAAUAUAUGAAAGAGAUAAAGGUGUUUGCAAUAUCUGUAGGCUGGAUUGUCAAAAUUUAAUUAAGCAAAUUAAAAACAAAAAAUAUUUUUCAGUUAAAGAAAAAAUAGAUUAUUUUAUUAAAAUGUAUCCUUUAUUUAUUGAAAACAUUGAGCAUUUAAAAAACAUACUUCAAAAACCAACAGAUGGUUACAUUUGGCAUGUAGAUCAUAUCUUACCUGUUUUUAAAGGAGGAGGGGAAGCCUCUUUUGACAAUUUACAAACUUUGUGUACAUUUUGUCAUAAAAAAAAAACAAAAGAUGACGUAAAAAAUAGACGCAAGAGAGAAUAG